AUGGCAGCUUAUCAUCGCCAGGGUAUGCAUGCACAUAUGGCGCCGACAAAUUUGGCAACACCAAUCCAGUCGCUUCCACCAACUUAUUCAUCCUGUACAUCACUUAAUUUACCUCCAUUUGGAAUUCGUAGUACGAAUAUUUCUUCCUCAUCCUCUUUAGAAGAUUUGGCGCUGGAUUCGUUUCUAGGUAGUGAAUACAGUCGGAAACGUAAAAAUGAGCGUUCAAUAAGCAGUUUACACACAUUCUCCGAUAGUGGUACGUCGGUGACUUCCUCAGGUUCUUCAGUGCAGUCAACGUUGAUUAGACCUGCACCUUUGACAACAGAAAAUGAAUCUAGUUUGUUUCAUUCGCAACUAAUUAUCAGUGAUUUUCGGCAUACCGUGGAACAAGCGCAUCUACAUUCAGCAAAAGUCAAUAAUUUGGGAAGUGGACCUGAGUUACAAAAUACGAAUAGCAAUAUGCUUGAUCGGAGGUCACCAGUUAAAACUGCUGAAAACGAACAUAUUGUCACUACUCAUAUUCAGAAUUACGGUGGUGUCGUGCUUCAUACACAAAAAAUGCCAAAGAAAACGAGCAUCAAUGGACAUAGUACAGGCCCAUCACCUUCAACUACACAGAAAGAAAAGAGUCAUUCAUAUGUAGCGAAGUCGAAUGCACGCAACAAUACUGCUCCACUUGUUGUAACAGAGGGUAAUUCGGCCGAAAAUGUUGACAUUGAAACAUUGGAAGAUCUAAGAUGUGAAUGGCAAGGAUGCAAAAGAAAAUUUGCAAGCCAAAAAGUUCUAGUGGAUCAUGUUUUUGCCGCUCAUAUUCAGACAACGAAGGUUUAUACAUGUUUAUGGGAAGGUUGUAAACGAGAAGAAGCAUUUAAAGCUCAAUAUAUGCUUGUUGUGCAUGUUAGACGUCAUACGGGUGAAAAGCCUAAUGUUUGCACGUAUCCUGGUUGUGAUAAAUCAUAUAGCCGAUUGGAAAAUUUAAAAACACAUGUGCGAACACAUACUGGAGAACGUCCAUAUCGAUGUGAGUUUCCGGAAUGUGGUAAAGCUUUCAGUAAUGCAUCCGAUCGCGCAAAGCAUCAAAAUCGCACACACUCCGAUACGAAACCAUAUCAGUGUAUGAUAAAUGACUGUAUAAAAAGUUACACAGAUCCAUCAUCAUUGAGGAAGCAUAUUAAGUCGGUUCACGGUGAUGAAGCUUAUGAAUUAGCUAAAAAGAAUAAAGUUUAUCCAAAGCGACGUAAUGGUACCGCAUCAGAUACAACGCAGUCUUCAUCGUCGAAAAGCGUUGUUGAUAAGACCAAUGAUGAUAGUGAGGAUGAAAUAUAUCGAAUCAACUCGCCAACACAGAUGCUGUUAUCUGCCUGCUUGCGUACUGUCGAGAAAAUUAAUGAAAACGCACCUGGAGAAAAAAUUCGAACAGGUAAAAAGAAGCGGCCAAAGCGGACACCUUCUUAUUCUUCUGGUGCUUGCGUCAACAUGCAUUAUACUUCCAGAUCUUUCAGUGUCGAUCCGUCAUCUCCAGAUUCUAAUGGUUUCAGUGGACAAACAAUGACAUCAGUUAAUUCAAAUGCUAGUUCCGCUACAAUGCAGGUUCCACAUCCAUCGAACAUAACAAAUAACAGUGGGAACAAUGUAUCGAUGCUUGGCGGUCGCAGAGAUUUUUGCGUUGAUCGCUUUCUCCAAAACAAGGGACAUUUUGAUGAUAGAAACCUGGAUGGGAGUGUAUCUCACCAUGAAUGCCAGUCUCAUUAUGAUGACUCAUCUCCAUCACCACCUUCGACAAGGCAUGACGAAAUGACGAAGUAUCAGAAAGAUAUUGAAGAAUACAUAUAUAAUCCUGAAAGAGCUUCUUCGACAAUGCGAAAUGCAUCAGUUGGUUGUAAUGUUAUGGGUGUUACCAUGGGUCAUUCAAUGUUACCAAAUCAGAACCGUUCGGUGGAACAAGUUGCAUAUGCUAUGGAACGCGUUAACUUGCAACCGACACCAAAUAUUCGUCGCCCAGUCAACCAACAAGUUCAACGUCAAGGAUAUUAUAGUAAUCCGUAUGAUGGUGAUUAUGAGGAUUUCGACCCGAUGGAUCCAUAUCCGACUUCUGUGGGUGAAAGCGGAAGUGUGGUCACAGCCAUCACGCCACCAACAAUUCAUCGGAAGUACUCGCCUGUAACUGUUGUUGAACAAGCAGUUCAAACUUACGAUUGGGGAGCGUCAAUGAAAGAAAUCGAUGUUGCUACACCUGUUCAAGUUCAAACAGCACGUUCAGAAUCUAUAGAAGCAGAAGAAGGACCAACGAUGACAUGCUUAACACCGAUGAAACUGCCAAUGCAGCGGCACGAAGGGGUACAGGAUGAUCUAUAUACGUAUAAUAGUAGUACUGCAACACCGGCAACCCUUGCGUCUCACCAUCCAAUGAAAAUUAAAACUAAACAAGAGUGUGGUACUUACAAAACCGAACAAAUAGAGAAGCAAUGUACAGCAACCAGGAUACAGCAGUCAAAUUCUGUGACUGAUAGGAGUUAUUGCACGGAAUCGUUACCGACAAACGAUUUUACAUCAGAUCCUGUACUUCCAAACGUCCAUAUGCAACAGAUGCUUGGUGGUACGGUAGAUCCACAAUAUCCAGUAUCCCCGAGUACGUACGAUCAUUCGGUGGUACCUUACGGGAGCCAAUAUACGGACCCGUUAAUGAUGUCUUCCUGUAUGCAAAUCAACACGGAUAAUUCUAGAUACGGAACAGAUAGUUUCAAUAUAACGGAUCCACAUUCGAGCAGACUACAAAUAGAAAUGCCAGAAAAAGACUCACUGCAAGACCUCGGUAACGAUGAUUUAUUUGGUGAUUUGGCCGGCAUGGAUCCGAUUGUUCUUGGCAAUGUUGAUGAGCUAACGUCUUCAUUCGAAAGUAUCGAGUUGAGGAAUAUGGAACCAGAAAGAUUGAAUGCGGAUGAACAACCAACUACAGAAUGA